CCCGGUAUCCGGGUAAGAUGGCGGUGGUAGAACAGUGCUCGCUCUCUGCUGAAUGGCGUCCGGUUUCUCUUACUCACGUAGAAUAUCCCGCAGGUGAUGUUUAUGGGCAGCUCUUGGCAUACCUCAGCCUAGGACCAGUGUUCAUUCUCAUUAGUUUUGGAACGCUAAUCAUAUUUAAGCGAGAGCUUCAUACAAUUUCUUUUCUCUGUGGACUGCUACUCAAUGAAGGAGUAAACUGGCUGAUAAAGAACAUAAUUAGGGAGCCACGGCCAUGUGAAGGAACCCACACAACAGUCACCACAGAAUAUGGGUUACCUUCCAGCCAUUCUCAGUUCAUUUGGUUUUUCUCUGUGUAUUCCUUCCUCUUCUUAUAUUUAAGGAUGCACCAAACAAACAACGCACGUUUCCUUGAUCUGCUCUGGCGACACAUCCUCUCUUUGUGCUUGCUAACGGCCGCCUGUUUAGUCUCAUAUAGUAGAGUGUAUCUGCUGUAUCACAGCUGGAGUCAGGUAGUGUACGGCGCGUUGGCUGGGAGUAUACUGGCCAUUGGCUGGUUUGUCAUCACACAGGAAAUCCUAACUCCACUGUUCCCCCGAAUUGCAUCCUGGCCAGUCUCAGAAUUCUUCCUCAUCCGUGAUACCAGUCUAAUACCCAAUAUCUUAUGGUUUGAAUACACAGUCACUCGGGGAGAAGCCAGAAACCGACAACGAAAACAUGGUACGAAGCUUCAGUGAGUCCCAGACAAGCAAACUGACAGGGUGGGAUAUAACCAGUAGGAUUCACCAAAAUCACAGCAUCCGAAAGGAACUGAAGCCAGUACAACUCAUGGCGUAGUGAGGAACAUACAAACUGACGGACCAAAAUAAUUGAGAGAGAGCAAGGCCUUUGCUGGAUUCACAACGUCUCUAUGGCUUGCUCGCAGCUCUCCUCUGCAUGUCAGGCCCGAGAGCUCAUGCUCUGAAAUGCACGCUAUCCAAUUAACUUUCUCCUAUCACUCCACUCAGGAGACAGAAGAAAGCAAAAGCAAGCUGAGGGAUUUAUAAUUUCUGCUUCCAGGAGAUGAUCAAACAAAAUGUAUAUUCCCUAACACCCCCUUUUUAUAGCAUGGGUAUCCACCUCCUUUUUUAUUUAUUCAAUCUUUUUUAAACGCCUAAUCGGUUGGGAUAGAAAAUGCUGUGAAUAUCUAGCUCUCUAUAAAUAUUUUUUUUCUUGGCCUAACCUUUAGGAAACGUCUCCUGCUGUUUUGAAUCUAUUCUUCCCGUGCCCUUAACUAUCUAGAAUAAAGCGCCUGCAUUAUGAAAACGUUCUUUCAAAUGGCUGCCUAAGCGCACCAACUAUGCUCACGCAGGUGCCUCUUGCUGACCGAAUGAGGGCUGGUAAGCUUAAAGCAAUUCUUUUUGCACUUUGUUCAAGAUUUCGAGAAAGGACUAACCCUUUUUAACACUAGUGAUUUAUUCCUUUUUUUUUUUCCCCUCUUGUGGAAACCGUGAAACAGAGUGGAAGGUGGGAUUUUGAUUUUGUUACUUGUUGACAUUUAACAGAUUGUUUCCCCCCCCCUUUUUUGUUUUCUGCAGCAGUGAAUGAACUGAACUCUCUGCGGCUUACCUUGGAUCUUACAGUGAUGUCUCAGUAAACCCAUUUGGUGCUGACCCUUGUAGUAAUGUCCAAUAGGUUAAGUCAAUCCCACUGUGCAUGAAUUCCUUGCCACAAAGCAGACCCGUGUGUAUCCUUCUUCCUCAGUCUGUUUUAUAACUGCUGCUACCUAACUUUUUAUCUGUAGUGGGUGGUAAAUAAAAACUCUGAAAGCCA